GACACCAGCUACGUUUCAAGCUACAAGUGACUAGGAGGUGGACAAAGAGUCGACGAAAAAAAGCCUGAUCAUUGUGUUAUUCUGCAGUUUUGAGAGUAUGUUCCAGAUGAUACAGCUGGUAAGACGCUCAGCAAUGCAACGGAUGGUUGGAAGGGACUUUGUCAAAACUUAGAAGGCUUUAGGCAGCUUCUGUUAACGGAGCGCACUGAUUCGGAUACUUGGCUAGCUAGGUAAUAACUUUGCUAGCCGAGUUACCUAUGCUGCUAGCUCAGCUCCAUGGCGAAGUAAACUCAAGACAGCUAGCCUACUAGCUAGCUUAGGAUAGCUUUGGGACAAGGGGCUGCAACUCCAACCUGGCGAUAUGAGAGAAAACAACGCGCUGCUGACAGAUAUGUUGCCGUGCGAAUUGCUUUCCUAAACUUCGGGUAUAAUAGAGCAACAUUAGCAACAUAACUGACACUUAAAUCAUGAAGCCUAAAACUUAAGUCCUGUGUACUUGCUAUCGUAGCGAGCAAUCCAGCUAGCGGGCUGUAAGUAGUUUGGAUUGUGCACCGCGGCACAGCUGCAGAAGUGGUGAAAAUUGUCAGUAAUUUGAUAGUUGUCAAAGUGAAGAAAGUAGGAACUGUGAGUGGUGAAGUAGAGGGGCCUCCUUCCCUGCACACAAAGCAGAUAGUUUAAACUGGUUUGACUGAAGAAAAUGAUGGCAACAGAAGAUGGAGAAGAAACGGACCCUGCUUCGCUGUUGACACAGAUCGAUGGCGGGGGCAUAAUGGACACAGCCCGUUUUGCGGGCUUUCCAAAGCCGAGGAUGCGGAUGCCUGAGACGGGCCCCACCUCAGCAGUGGACACUAACCGCUCCCUGGGGUCACCAGAAGUGCCCCACCGACUGACAGAUUGGUCAGCUGGAGUAGAAGCGAAAACGGGAACGGCCGCUGUCAUUCCCAAGGAUGGGAACAGGGUGGCAGAGUCCCCGUCGGAGGGAGUUGGUAGUCGGAUAUUACCCAACGCUGCGAGUCCGGAUGGGAGCGCUGCCCUUCCCUCCGUGCCACCGCCCCGUACUGCUGCUGGAAUAUUGGGAACUGUGGAUGAAGCUGAUGGGCUGGACGGGCAGGAAUAUGAAGAGGAGGAAGUAGUCUUCUCACUGAGCGCUCCUCCACCUAAUCAGUGGUAUCAUGGGAAGCUGGACCGGACCAUGGCGGAGGAGCGGCUGCAGCAGGCCCAGGCCCCGGGCAGCUACCUCAUCCGGGAGAGCGACCGCCGGCCAGGCUCAUUCGUGCUCUCCUUCCUCAGCAUGACCAACAUGGUCAACCACUUCAGGAUAAUUGCCAUGUGUGGAGACUACUACAUUGGAGGGCGACGGUUCUCCUCCCUGUCUGACUUGAUCGGCUACUACAGCUACGUGUCUUGUUUGCUCAAAGGAGAGAAUCUCCAGUUCCCAGUGGCACCACCAGAGCCAGUGGAGCAUCGAAGAAGAGUUCGAGCCAUAUUCCCGUACACCAAAGUGCCUGAAACACCAGAAAUCAGCUUCCUGAAGGGGGACAUGUUCAUCGUCCACAACGAGCUGGAGGACGGCUGGAUGUGGGUGACCAACGUCCGCACAGAUGAGCAGGGCCUGAUUGUGGAGGACCUGGUGGAGGAAGUGGCAAAAGAAGAGGACCCACAUGAAGGCAAAGUCUGGUAUCAUGGGAAGAUCAACAAACAAGAGGCCUACAAUCUACUCAUGAAUGUUGGCAAGGUGUGCAGCUUUUUGGUGCGGCCUUCAGACAGCACCCCGGGGGACUACUCCCUCUUCUUCCAGACCAACGAAAACAUUCAGCGCUUCAAGAUCUGCCCCACGCCCAGCAACCAGUUCAUGAUGGGCGGGAGAUGCUACCCCAGCAUCGAUGCCAUCAUUGAACAUUACAAGCGGGAGCAAAUCGUUGAGGGAUACUACCUAAGGGAGCCCGUGUCUGUCCAGCACCACCAACAGUUGCUCUCAGACAUCAUGGAUGGCAAAGAAAUCUACAAUACCGUCCGUCGAAAGACAAAAGAUGCCUUCUAUAAGAACAUUGUCAAGAAAGGAUACCUCCUCUUCAACAAAGGCAAAGGCAAGCAGCGGUGGAAGAACCUCUACUUCAUCCUGGAGGGUAACGACUCCCAGCUCAUCUACUUUGAGAGCGAGAAGCGCGCCACCAAGCCCAAGGGCCUCAUCGACCUCAGCAUGUGCUCCGUUUAUGAAGUCCACGACAGCAUGUUUGGCAGGCCAAACUGUUUCCAGUUGGUUGACCAGCACUUUAGUGAAGAGCAGUACAUCUUCUACUUUGCAGGGGAGACUCCUGAGCAAGCACAGGACUGGAUGCAAUGUUUGCAAAGCUUCUGCAACAAUCUCAAGACACCUACUCAGGGCUCGUCCAACAAGCGCCUUCGUCAGGUCAGUAGCUUGCUGUUGAAUGUGGAGGAGGCCCACAAGUUACCCAGCAAGCAUUUCAGCAACCCCUACUGCAACAUCUACCUGAACAGCGUCCAGGUGGCCAAGACUCACCCUCGCGAAGGCCUCAACCCUGUCUGGACUGAGGAAUUUCUGUUUGAUGACCUCUCCAGUGACAUCAUCAGAUUUGAGAUCAGCUUGAGCAACAAGACCAAGAAAAGCAAGGAGGUUGACAUCUUGUUCAUGGUGUGCCAGCUGUGUAGCCUGCAGCGGGGCCGCAUGAUUGACGAGUGGUUCCCCCUGAGCCCCCACGUAUCCCUGAAGCCCGGCACGGAGACCAGCUCACUCAGGGUGCGCGCCCGCUACUCCAUGGAGAAAAUCAUGCCAGAGGAAGAGUACAGCGACUUCAAGGAGCUGGUCCUGUUGAAGGAGUUCCAUGUGAUCAACGCGCUGGCCCACGUGUGUGGGCAGGACCGCACCCUCCUGGCCAGCAUCCUGCUGCGUAUCUUCAGGCAUGCGAAGCUGGAAGCUCCCCUGCUCCGGGCCCUCAACGACCAGGAGAUCAGCAUGGAAGACGAGGCUUCGACACUCUUCCGUGCUACCACGCUGGCUAGCACAUUAAUGGACCAGUAUAUGAAGGGCACGGCCACUGCCUUUGUGCACCACGCUCUUAAAGACACCGUCCUGAAGAUCAUGGACUGCAAGCAGUCCUGUGAGCUGAACCCCUCAAAGCUGGAGAAGAAUGAGGAUGUGAAUGUGAACCUGACCCAUCUCCUGAGCCUCGUGUCCGAGCUGGUGGAGAAAAUCUUCAAUGCUGCUGAGAUCCUUCCUCCGACCCUGAGGUUCAUUUAUGGGUGUUUACAGAAGUCCGUUCAACAGAAAUGGCCACUGAAUAUCACCAUGAGAACAAGAGUUGUAAGUGGGUUUAUCUUUCUGAGGCUGAUCUGCCCAGCCAUUGUCAAUCCCAGAAUAUUUAACAUCAUCACAGACCCUCCCUCACCCACUGCUUCCCGGACCCUGACUCUGGUAGCCAAAGCGGUGCAGAGCCUAGCCAACCUGGUAGAGUUUGGAACCAAGGAGCCGUAUAUGGAGGGCGUGAACCCUUUCAUCAAGAGCAACAAGGACCGAAUGAUCAUGUUUCUGGACAAGCUCGGGAACGUACCUGAGCCGGAGAGUAAAGAGCACUUUAUGACGGACCUGCCGCGGGACCUGGCAGCGCUGCACCAACUGUGUGUCAGCCACUCGGACGAGCUGCGCACUCUCAGCAACGAGCGCGGAGCCCAGCAGCACGUAUUGAAAAAGCUUCUGGCAAUCACCGAAGAGCUUCAGCGAAGGCAGGUCCACUAUGCACCUUCAAACAGCACUAGAUAGGGGGCGCCAUUGCGACAUCAUUUCCACUUUACCGUCACUUAACCAAACGAUGUCUCCCCUGCAUCUCCAAAAAAAAGAUCUUGUCUCAUAGAGACACUAUGCAAAAAGCACAAUAGCACGGGAGUAUAGAAGAGUCCUAACUCCCUGUUCUCUUUUGUGAUUCCUUAAAAGCCACAGGUAUGCACAUCUCCGAGACUGUUUGUGACAAGCCACAAAAAAACAGGCCACAAUAUUAUUGAGUUAAUCAUAGAUUCUGAUGGUAGCUUUACAAUGACGCCUUACAUAUGGAAAUCUGGUGAUAUGCGAUGAAUUUGUGGCCUUUUGAAUGUGUUCACUUCAAGUAGAAAACAGGAGAUUCCAGCUCUGAAAGUUACUCUUGCCCAUAGAAAUGUCAUAAAUGGGCAAAAUAUGUGCUUUUAGAAAAAGCAAUACUGUUUUCUGAAGCAUUGAGUAGCUGGCUCAAGACCUCAGCUUGCACUUGAGAAGAAAAAAAAACUGUUCUUUGCCUUUUUUUCCCUCUGAGAGACAUGUGGCCUGUCUUCUUGGGGCAAGUCACAUUUGUGUACCGUGAGUCUGUUUCGUAUGAAAUGUCCUGAAAGCCAUACCACAGUGCCUUACAUGUGGCGUAUGACCGAAAUAUCUGACAAUGAAAAUGUAUCCACAAAUGCCGAGACCAACUCUUAGCUGAAUGAAUCUUAUGUUGUGUUUUAUAUCUAUGUUAUUGUAGGGUAUAUUGAAGGGUAUAUUGCGAAAAAAAAGAAGGUAUUUUGUAUCAAAACAAUGUCUCAGUUGUAAUCAAGGUAUCAGACUAGAUGAUUUGUAAAAGGCCUAAGAUUUUUUUUAAAAAUAUUUCUGUUAUACUCUCCUUCUGCAAAUUUGAAUUCUUUGAUAUGAUGAUAACGUGUGGGGACGAGAGGCCUAAUGCCCAAAGACACUGGGCCUCUCAAAAUAUGGACAGUGUAAAACUGACUGACAAGGACUGCCUUCUAUCAGGAACGCAUGCACUCCUGCCUUUUUUUUUUGUAAAAUAUUCAAUUAUCUCUUUUUUUCUAAUGUAUUUGCAAAUAAAUCUGAGUGCAAUCAUU